UCUCCUGGAUCGUUUCUAACGGACGAUAAUUUAAAAAAGAAGUACCGAUAAACCCAUUCGAACGACGUUGCAUUUUUGCAAAUUAAUCAGCAUGUGUUAAAAAAGAUUGACCCAAUUAUCGUCUCAACGAUUGUCCCGCGUGUUUCAAUCUUCACGCUUAAAACGUUCGCUGAGAUUACAUAGGAAACUCUGGUAUUACAUGUAAUUCUAUCAUUAUGAUUCGUACAUUUUUCUUUUUAUAUCUUUCUCAAUCUUCACUAUGAAAGAGAAUUAAUAGUAUUGCGCGUGGAAAAACGGCACGUUACCACGUAUGCCGUUCACGUGGUAUGAAAUUACUGGUAGUGAUCGUAGUGAUCUACUGGUAAUCUACUGGUGCUCUGCUAAUCGUGUUGAUAUGUGGGCUGGGUUAAAGAACUGAAAAUCUUGCAAAGUGUACUUGAUGUCAAUCUUGUUUGCUUGUCAUUUCUAAAGGAGGGAAGAAACUCAAGAAACGCUUGUUCAAAAUGAAAAACAGAAUUUAAUAAUUUAAUUUUGAACGAAAGCGACAAAACACACGGUUGUUUCAUUGAUAUUUUUUAACAAUUACGAGAGUGAUGCGAAACGUGAAUUAUAGAUGUACUGUCGUCGUCACGAAUCCGUAAACAUUGUGCAUAACACAUAGUCUGACUAAAGAUUUGGUGGAAGUAAUUUGCAUUUCAUAAAAAUGUGGGGACACUCUGGUAUUUUCAAUGUGUUCUGUAUUGUAAUUGCUGCCGUGCAUGGGCACGAUGUUAGGAGCUUCGAUGAUACUGUUCUCUUUAAAAUUAACUGGCCAGGCAAGGCCAGUUCAGACUUAUUAAAAUCCAGACCAAACGUAGAGCCGUAUAUUAUAACAACUGCAAAUAAGGAAAAAUAUCAAUGUUUAAUUAUUGACAAUUCGGAACAAAAACAAGAUUAUGAUGUACCAAAUAAUGCACCAAAUCCCAUAGAGAUUUUACAAACACUGUUUAGGCAGAAUACUUGUUCGUACAGGGUUGAACCCUAUUGGUCAUAUGAAUUAUGUCAUGGAAGAUAUGCACGUCAGUAUCAUGAAGACAGGGAUGGAAAAAAAGUGAAAACACACGAGUAUUACUUGGGCACUUUUGAUAGACUGCAGGAAAUGAAGCUUUUAGCAGAGUAUACAGAGAAGGAAGCAAAUCGCAAUAGAAAAACAGAGAUACCAGUUAAGAAAGUUGAUGGAAUCAACAUGCCAUAUGUUGAAGUUGAAAUGGGCGAUGGAACUGUUUGUGAUGUGACUAACAAGCCGAGGAAGAUAAAGGUUAUAUAUGUUUGCUAUAAGCAUGGGAAGCACGAGUUAUUUUCGGUAGAGGAACCUAUCAGCUGCGAAUACGAAGUGAUUGUUCUGUCGCCUUGGUUAUGUGUUCACCCAGACUACAAGCCUCAAGCCACGGGGAAGAACGAAAUCAAUUGUCAUCCGAUUGAAAAGGCUCCGACCAAGCCUAGAUCUCUUAUCGCAAUGGAAAUGGAAAGUUUGCAAGUUCGAUUUCUGAAAGCGAAGGAUGACAAGCUGCAGGAGGUCUAUGCGAUCUUCCAUGUAGAUAAGGAGGGCCAGGAUGGCGAGACGCGCGUUAGAGUCGAAAUACAUCCCGUGGGUGUCAUUGAUAAACAUAGUAACGUCGAGGAGUCUAUAAAUUCAUUAGCUGAUCAAGGUAUCAGUCCAGCGGAAGUGAGUCCCGUGAAAAACUUCUUAAGCGGUAAAAAUUGUUUACACGGGGGCAACGGGUGGUGGAAGUACGAAUUCUGUUAUGGGCGUUCGGUGGUCCAGUAUCAUAUAGAACGCGAUGGUAAAAAAACGAUAGUGAAUCUCGGGAAAUUCGAUAAGCAGAAACAUUUGGAAUGGAUUGCCGCGCAUCCACAUAAAAAACCGAAGUCACCAGAGUUACGGAAACAGCUUUCUCAUUUUUAUAGCGACGGAAGUACGUGCGACAAGACUGGCGAGCCGAGACAGACGGAGGUGAAAUUGAAAUGCGUCGAGAGUCACACGGCUAGCCCGUCAAGCGUCUCUCUGUUUCUCGUCGAACCUAAAACAUGUGAGUACGUCUUGGGCGUCGAGUCGCCGCUGAUCUGUGAUAUCUUAGAAUACGCCGAUGAGAAUGGACUUCUUAGUGAAAAAUUCGAAGUGAAUUUCGACAAAUUGAAGACAACCGCGUUCCACGAGUACGACGAUUUGGACGAGAGGAUAGCAAACGGGGAUGACUAGAAUAAUGUGCAACCAAUAAAAAAUAAAUGAUUUUCAUGAUGCCGGUAUUAGAUACUUGCAUAUUUAGUUUCAGUGAAUUAGAUUGAAAAAUUUCAGUUUCUUAACAUACGAGCGCUGCGCCUCAAAGUUUUUACAUACUUGGUAAUACUUAUUGCAAGCAAUAUAACAAUUGUUUAAAACUUAACAAUGCUAUCUGUACGUCGUUAA